CUCUCUCGGAAAUGCAUUAAUUCAGUCCACCUAGAACGAACCGUAGCUGUAGCUAUUCGCCCCACAAAAUGAGUCCAUUCAGUUUCUGGAUAUUGCUUUCUGCAAUUCUGUGCGCCACAUUACAACCGUCUAGCGCCAUUUGCCCGAAGGCCUGUCCACAUAUCAUGGAUCCAGUUUGUGGCACCGAUGGUCGAAGCUUCACCUGGUUCUCCAACGGUUGUUUGAUGCGUGCCCACAAUGAGUGCGAACGUAAUGGGGAAAAGCCAUUACGUGAAGUAGAUCUGAGCAACUGCGAGGAUCCUGGCUGGGAGUAAAAUUUGUGGUAUGCGUUUGAUCAGUGCGACAAUCCGAGGCUUUGUGAUUGGUGUUUUUUUAUUUGAAAUUUGUGUUAUUGAAAUAAAUCAAGUUGGAUUCAAUCUCGAAAAAAUCUAAACCUCUCCUUAACGGCUGAUUGCCGUUUGUCGAACAAAAUAA